GCUCGGGACUCGGCGACAGCGGCGACGGCGGCAACAUGUCUGUGGCGUUCGCAGCCCCGAGGCAGCGAGGCAAGGGCGAGAUCACUCCCGCCGCGAUCCAGAAGAUGUUGGAUGAAAAUAACCAUCUUAUUCAGUGUAUAAUGGACUAUCAAAAUAAAGGAAAGACCUCAGAGUGUUCUCAGUAUCAGCAGAUGUUGCAUACAAAUUUGGUCUACCUUGCUACAAUAGCAGAUUCUAAUCAAAAUAUGCAGUCUCUUUUACCAGCACCACCCACACAGAAUAUGCCUAUGGGUCUUGGAGGGAUGAAUCAGAGCGGCCCUCCCCCACCUCCUCGCUCUCACAACAUGUCUUCAGAUGGAAUUGUAGGUGGGGGUCCUCCUGCACCACACAUGCAGAACCAGAUGAACGGCCAGAUGCCUGGGCCUAACCAUAUGCCUAUGCAGGGACCUGGACCCAACCAACUCAAUAUGACAAAUAGUUCCAUGAACAUGCCUUCAAGUAGCCAUGGCUCCAUGGGAGGUUAUAACCAUUCCGUGCCAUCAUCACAGAGUAUGCCGGUACAGAAUCAGAUGACCAUGAGUCAAGGACAACCGAUGGGAAAUUACGGCCCCAGACCCAAUAUGAACAUGCAGCCAAACCAAGGUCCAAUGAUGCAUCAGCAGCCUCCGUCUCAACAAUAUAAUAUGCCACAGGGAGGUGGACAACAUUACCAAGGGCAGCAGCCACCUAUGGGAAUGAUGGGUCAAGUUAAUCAAGGAAAUCAUAUGAUGGCUCAGAGACAGAUCCCUCCGUAUAGACCACCUCAACAGGGCCCACCACAGCAGUACUCAGGCCAGGAAGACUAUUAUGGGGACCAAUACAGUCAUGGUGGACAAGGUCCUCCAGAAGGCAUGAACCAGCAAUAUUACCCUGAUGGUCAUAAUGAUUACGGUUAUCAGCAACCGUCGUAUCCUGAACAAGGCUACGAUAGGCCUUAUGAGGAUUCCUCACACCAUUACUACGAAGGAGGAAACUCACAAUAUGGCCAACAGCAAGAUGCCUACCAGGGACCACCUCCACAACAGGGUUACCCGCCCCAGCAGCAGCAGUACCCAGGGCAGCAGGGCUACCCAGGACAGCAGCAGGGCUAUGGUCCUUCACAGGGUGGUCCAGGUCCUCAGUAUCCCAACUAUUCACAAGGACAAGGUCAACAGUAUGGGGGAUAUAGACCAACACAGCCUGGACCACCACAACCGCCCCAACAGAGGCCUUAUGGAUACGACCAGGGACAGUAUGGGAAUUACCAGCAAUGAACAAGUACCUACAUUCCAAUAGCCAGUACCUAUUAGCAGCCAUAUUGUCACCUCAACACUGUGGACACCUCCCUGUGAAGAGAUCCUUUCAUUCCAUCUAGUUUUUUGGAAAAACUGUGGAUAAGUGGCUGUUUCUUCAGUAAGCAGCCUUUGUGGCUUGUUGUAAAAGGCUUUAGUAGCUCAAAAAUACUUUUGAUUUCACAUUUCUACUCUAGAUGGCAACAUUGGACAGAAAAUACAUUGACAUAACCAAUUUGCAAUGAUUUCGGAACUGUUUCAAAUAGACUGUUACAGACUGAAAGGUGUGAACAGCUUUGUAUGUUUAUGAAGGUUAAGGGAAUUUAAUACUUUUCCACAGAUUCUUUUUUAAGGGGAAGAGGGAAAUGUACACUUUUUACAGCAGCAAUAUUUUGUAUAUUAUGUUUAUUUCUUGUGAAUAUGCAAGGCAGAACACUACGCACUGGGCAGAAUCAGAAAUCCUCUGUUAAUGUGGAUUGGAACAUGGUAGAUGCUUGACUGUGUUGGUUUCAAAAUGGUGUACUGUGAAGAGAAAGGUGAGGGAGAAGACAAAGCACACCAUAUGUCCACUAGUAUGUUCUUAGAGAGGAAAUUUAAAUCCCUUUUAUCUGUCAGAUAGUCAAGGGCACUGUGAUACCAUUUCAAGUAAAAGGACAUUUUAAAAAAGCCUUCCAUUUUUGUGGAUUAAAAACCUUUUUAUAAAGCUCAUUUAUAGUGCAGUUUUAAAAUGUGAGGCAAUAAUUACUUCAUAUUGGACCUGAAGAAGCUUUGGUAAUAGUUUCAUGUAAAUGAAAUGGUAAUCCUCCCCUAAAAUAGCAAUAACUUAAAACAGAAGUAUGAAUUUUACUUUGAGCAAUCAGGGAAUUUAGUAAGUAAUAUCAAAUAAUUUUAUAAGUACUAUCAAAGAAGAGUCAACAUUGAGUAAUUUUAUUUUUUAACAUUACAAGGAUAAUUGGUUUAUAUAAUAAAAUAGUAUAGGAGACUUCUUUAAAACCUUUGUUUCAACUUUUUAAACUGGAACUAAUGCUGUUUAUAAAGGGACACUUUUAUGCUUUUCCCUUUUUUAUGUUGGUUCAUGUAAGACAAAGAUGUUGAUGAGGUUUUACCUUGAUCUGUAUUAAAAGCAUAGAGGCUGCAUGCUAGAUCACUGUGUUUAUCAACAUGGCACCUUAAAUCAUUAUUUGAGAUCAUCCUGUGCCUGAUUAUUUUAACUAAAUUCAGGGAAGUUGAAAUGGGCAGGAGAGCAUGCAUAGAGAGUUUUGAAAAUACUGUUAUUUAGGCAUAGUCUGAAAACAUCCAUUCCAAAGGUAAGUUGCUAUUUUCAUCACAGUUGCCUAUGCCCAGGGAAUAUAUCUUCUUUAUAAUUGAAUUUGGUUUUCCCCACUUCUAACUGGAAACGAAACAGAAGGGGUGCCAUAAAUUUGAAUAAGUGAAAUGUUCUGUCCUCAACAUUCUGUAAUCAAAAGGAAGGAUUUCAGUAUGUCUGUGUGUAUGUGUGUGGGAGAGAGCUUACAUAUGCGUUUUAAGAUCAGAAUAGGUUUGCUCCCCACCCCCAAGUUGGUCAGUAGAAAAUGACAUCAAGGUUUGAACAGAUAAAGCAUAGACAGCCUUAUUGUGAUUGAAGUACUUGUAGGUUCUGUGCCAAGUUUCCACCACUGUGUACUUUGUUGCUAUUUAAAACUGUAUCAACUCUAAUGGAAGAAUAAAUUAUUUGUGAUUUUAA